UGUUUUACUGUUAUAAAUGUAUUCUUAUAGAAUAUAACAAUAGUCAAUAAAUAUGCCUCGUCCUUCAAAAAUAGAGAGAAUAUUUGUUAAUCAAAAGUUGCCUUGGAGUCCUUUUCCUCGACGACCUCUUCCAUUUAGAAUGGUUGAGUGGAAAACCAGAAAAUACCCUAAAAGUUAUCAAGUAAGAAAAGCAAAACCACCUUGUCAAGUUUUUAGAGUUGCACCUAUAAAAGACUGGGGAAUAGUUCGUAAUGAUUUAGUUGAAAUUUGUUGUGGUGAAGAUACUGGAAAACAAGGAAAAGUUAGAGCUGUUGCUCCUGAAAAAAAUCUUUUGAAAGUUGUUGGGUUAAACUGCUCUCGUCAAUUUCUUCCAGAUAUAGGAAAUGGAAAUCCUGGGUAUGUAUUGUCAGAAGAACCUUUGCAUUUUUAUGAAGUAAAAUUAGUCAAUCCACAUACUGGACGAGGAACUGACAUUGUUCUGCGUUAUGAUGAAUUAGGUGAAAAAGUUCGUGUCUGUAAGGAAACUGGGCAUGUGAUUCCUACUCCUCCUUUUGAAAGAAGUGACUGGAAAGAAAGAUCAGCUGUAAAAGAAGGAGAUCUUGACACUCGUGCAGAGGUUGUUCAGCAAUAUACUUACGUUCCUUCAUUACUUUUUUUCCAUGAAGAAAUCAUGAAGGAAAUGAACAUUCCUAUGUCUGUAAAAAAAACAGAGCUUGAACGAAGAGACUUGAUUAUGAAAGAAUUAGAAGAAGAAGCAAUACAAGAGAAAUUACUAAUUUCAGAAUCAGCUUCUGAAGAAAAAAAAAAGUCUUUUUUAGAAAAUAUUAGGAGCAGGUUUUUUUUCUGGCUUUAAUUGUGAAUCUUUUAAUAUUUGUUUUUGUUCUAUAAUUUUCAUAAUUUCAUAAAUGAGAAUAAAUGUAAAAAAUUGUAAGAUUUUAGCUGUUUUCACAUUGUGAUUUUGUUUGUUUUAUUACAAUUUUAUCUUUAAAUUUUUUUUUUUUUAUUUACAUAAGAAUAACUAAUAGCUAUUUUAUAUCUGAGUUACUUUGUAAAAUUAUUUAAAUAAACAAAUGAGAUUU